UCUGCAUGGAAAGUGAAACCUAGCUAAUCGAUGUUUUAAAUGCAGUCUCUUUACUGCUCACAUCGGCAAACAAAUUAUUAAACACAAUGGCAGAAUGCAGAUAAUGCGAGGCGUACAUUUUGUUAUCACCUGGGCAACAUUCCUCAUUCUGUUUGAGCCCCACCACGAUGUCACAGAAUCUUGCCUCUACGAGAGUCACCAGAACAGUCUGAACUUGCUUGAGAAACAUGUACAGUUGUUCCAGGACCACGGCGCAGGCUCUCAAAGACCAAAGAGACAUUCCAGAACUGUUUAUAACCCAAUCAGAAUAACCCUGUUUUAUAGUUUUGAUGAGCAGCUCCUACCAGAGGAACAGACGGCCUUGAAGCUUGUUUUAAACCGAGCUGUCAGAAAAAUCAGCCGCUUGUUUUCAGUUAUUAGAGAAGAUGUUCCAUUGUUGUUGCCACGUAGCCCCUGCCCUUCCAUCUUCAAUAGGGGCAUCAACAUUGGAAAGUGUGCCAAAUUGCCAAAGGGAUAUGAAGGUGAAGUGUGCUUAGAUAACUUCAAGAUUCCAAACGACCAUCUGAAAGGAUAUAUAAUCUACAACCUUACCCACCCUGACCCCAUCCAAGUAUUCAAAGAUGGUUCUGGUCUCAGUAACACAGACUUUGUGUUGUAUAUCACAUCACAAUCUUCUGUACUCUGUAACCCUUAUAAAACUUCAGCUCUCGCCUAUGCUGCUCCGUGUCAGCUGCAAAAUGAAGGUCGACCUCUAGCAGGUCAGGUCAACUUCUGCCCUAGAACCGUCAAGGCUCAGAAAUUUGACCAGGAGCUGCUUUAUAAGACUGCUAUUCAUGAAUUGUUUCAUGCCCUUGGCUUUAGUAACAAACUUUUUGAUAAAUUCCAGACCUGUGAUUCAGAAGGCAAUUGCCGUCUGUGGCCACAACCAAUUUUCAAACCUUUAGAUGGGACCAUGAGACUUGUGACGGAUGCUGUGGUUAGGGAAAUGAGUAGACACUUUAACUGCAGCAACAAAACUGAUUUUGGUGGGCCGAUCCAGUUGGUUAACGAAAAGCCUUCAUCUCACUGGGAUGCCAUGAUCAUGCACAGUUCAAUCAUGGGCUCCAGGGAACAAAAACCCUACCACACCUUGAUAGACCCUAUAACACUCGCUGUGUUUGAAGACAGUGGCUGGUACAAGGUCAACUAUUCAGAGGGAGAUAAUUUCAUUUGGGGGCAGGGUCAGGGUUGCUCAUUUGGUCUGAAGGAUUCUUGUGAGUAUCAAGAUGGCUUUUGUACACAGAAUAUCACAGGAUGUCAUCACCUCCACCUGACCAAAGCAAGGUGUAACUAUAACCCUAAUGAUACCUUCACUUGUGGAGUUUAUGCUGCUGACCAGCGCCCAUGUUUCCUGCCUCCAGUCAACACAACCACAUCCGAAGAUGAAGUGUACCUACCAUCCAGUCGCUGUUUUAUCUCCUCCAUCACCCCUGCUCAUGUACAUUCUAAACAGCUGUCUGAGCUAUCUGGACGCUGCUAUGAAAGAAAGUGUGAUGCUGACAAAUAUUACCUGCGAAUAAAUCAUGGGGAAUGGCUUCUUUGUCAUCCUGGUUCAUAUGUCAAGGUACCAGGUCAUGAUGGGAGGAUAAUUUGCCCAGGUUUUGAUGUUAUCUGUGCUGAGUUUAUCCGCCCUGAGCCCAUGUUUGAUGAGUUGGUUGUGACAAGCACAAGUAGGGCAAUCCAAGCAAGCUCAGAGCAGCAACCAAGGGAUCAACAAGUUUCAACAUCCACCCUGGCAACUCCCAGUUUCCCUGGCACAUUGAACAGCCCUGUACUUCCAGGUGACCGCAGUGCUGCUGCUGGUUUACAAAAGUCCAGAUUUUCUUUAGCUGUCACCCUCUUCAUCUUGUUAAAACAUGUUUUGUAUUCUGUCAAACUGAUUUCCUAUACAAUUCAAUUGGUGGUUCAUUGAUCCAAUUUUUAAAGGCAGAUAUCUGACGAAUGUUAAAUAAUUAUUGUAUUUACUGUUUGUUUAUUACUGUUAAGAAAACCUCACUGGCUUUUUAAACAUCACCCCAGCCUAUAAAAUAAUACAUCUAUUGCUCCACAAGAAGAAUAAAAAUAAACUAGGCACACUUAACUCUCCAAGGUUUUAAGUAUAGUGUAUAACUCAAAAGCUACCAAUAUAAACAGAAAACUUUCCUGCACAGAAUUACCAUCUCUACACAUUCAGCUUUUAGACAUCACCUUCCACCCAUGUCUCUCUCCCAUAGUUCCCUGCACUAUUGUUUUUGUCCAGCCUUCUAAGACCCACAACCCAUUGAUCAGUGUCAACAGAGUGGGAGGUGCAGAUAUAUUGUAAGCAAGACAUUUACUUAUAAAUUACACCAGCCUCCUGACAGUCCAAUUCUUCAUCCUUACAUCAGUUACUGCCCCUGAAUCAGGGAGUCUAGUCUCCCCUCUCCUAAAAUUUUAUGUUAAAUUCACACUACAUAUUAGAUUAUGUCCUACACACUAUAUUUACAAAUGUAUAUAGAUCUAUAUACAUUGUGAAAUGUAUCAAUAUUUAAAUUACAAUAUAUUAUCAUAUAAUAUAUCAGUAAUUAAUAUUUAUCACUAUUCAAUUUAUUUAAAUUUACUUUUCAUUUGUCACGAUUACCCUGAAUUGGAAAAAAAAUAUCUCUCACUGCCUUAUUACUGCCAAAGUCAUAUUUUGAAAAGGUUGUUGAUUUUGCAGCUUUUAAAUGUUUUGUAAAUUAAUAUGUUAAUGAUAAUGGUUGCUAUUCAUAUUCUUAACCUUAAAUUAACCUUUUUGUAAUCAAGUGCCUUAGUUGUUACAAUUUAAUUUUUUGUGUUUAAUACAACUAAAUUUAUACAUUUGUUGUUUAAAUAUAAAAGGUGUUUGAUCAGUUGUUUUUAAUUAAGCAUUUUAUAGCUAAUGUUACAUGCUUAUAUUAUAUCACUUAUUGUUAUUAGGAUUCAAAUGUAAAAUGUCAAGAAAAAUUGUGUAACAGUGCAUGCAUAGUUAUGAUGGGCUUGUUUGAGGUGUGUUAUGAUUAGUUUGUUGUAGUGGA